AUGAAUGGAAUCUCCAAAACCAGUGUUUUUCUUGCAGUUUUAGUUUCAGGUUUCCUCCCCAUCUCAACUUGGGCGGAGACAAGAAAACUUCUUGAUUGCUCUACUUCAUCUGCUAUCAAUUGUUCUUCUUUCAUUUAUCUUCGUGAUGUUUCUGAACCCACCAUAAUUGUAGCAUCCAGGCUCAAUAUUUCUCCCCUUGACAUCAGGCCCUUUAGUGGUCCUGAUUAUUUGGCCGAAAUUCCUUGCUCUUGCUCCAUUUUUUUGGGUAAUCUGGUAUUCUCUUACAGAGUGAAUUAUACAGUGCAACCUUCUGAUGAGGGUUUAACGUCAGGAAAUAUUUCUGACAAGUAUUUUAGCCAGACUGCAUUGACUGAUAAUCAAUUCACAAACUUAAAAGAAGGGGAUAAGGUGGAGUUAGCUGUGGCUUGUGGAUGUCCUAUUCCUGGAUGGCACUCAAUUAUUUCUUAUGCAGUUGAAGAAAUUCAUUGGCCUUAUCUAAUAGCUCAAAAAUUUGACAGCGACACAGACACUAUCGUACAGCUCAACGAUAUACCGAUUGAUGACAUGAGAAUAUCAAACUCGGUACUCUUUAUCCCAUAUCAACGAAAGGAAAAUCCCCAUUACGGAAGACUAGUACUAAAAGUUUCUGUUUCGCUGGCUGGGUCGGUCCUACUGCUACUGUUCUUGAUAAUUAUUUUCUACUAUGGCUACCGCAAAAGGAGUUCCUCUUUAAUAGAGCCUUCAACAUAUGUAGACAAUGGACAAGCUGAGUAUUGGGAAGAAGAGUCAAAAGAAGGAGAAGAGUUGGAGGCAGGUCUAUCUUCCUUGACAAAUCUUACAGACGAAGAGAUAAUUCAAAUGAAAGGAUCUUGUAAUCAGUGUUACAAAAUUGGGCAAGGAAGCUUUGGAAAAGUGUACAGGGGCAAUCUGAAAGAGAAAGAUGUGGCUAUAAAGAAAAUAGAGCGUAGAAGCAGAGACAGCAAAAGAUUAGUUGAGAAUGAAGUGAAACUUCUCCAUGGGAAGGAACACAAAAAUCUAGUCAAUCUAAUGGCAUGGUCAAUUGAAGAAAAUACAUUUUAUUUGGUGUAUGAAUAUGUUAAUGGAUGCACUCUGGAUGAAUACUUGAGAGAAAAUUGUUCAAUCCCUUCUCUGAGUUGGAAACAAUGUCUUAGGGUAAUAGCAAGUAUUGCUGAGGGAAUAGAAUUUUUACAUCUUAACAAAAUCAUACAUGUUGACAUAAAACCUCAGAAUCUAAUGCUUGACAUCAGGGCUUAUGAGGCAAAAAUUAUAGAUUUUGGGUUUUCAAGGCAUGUCGACUGGGAAGGCAGCCACAAGUCCACCGAGAGAAUAGCAGGUACUAGAGGAUAUUGGUCUCCAGAGUAUUGCUUGAACCACAAACUCUCCUACAAGCAUGAUAUUUACAGUUUUGGAAUUGUUGUGUUGGAGGUGAUAACAGGGCAGAGACAUGUUGAUGAUGCACGGGGUUCCAGCCAGUUCCAUAUUCCAGACUACUUACGCUACAUGAUCGCCAACAAUCGUUUUGAACAAGCUUUGGAUGAACGGCUCAAAGGGGAUUGCUUGAAUGAAUCUGAUUUAAUGGAUGCUUUGGCUGUAGCAAAGUUAGCUCUCAAAUGCACUGAGAAGGACAAGGAGGAGAGGCCUGAUAUGGAUUAUGUAAUGAGAGAACUCUGUUCUAUGAGAGAAGAAACUACUGAAAUACACUCUUCUUAG